AUGACGCUUGCUGAAAAUGUCAUUGGAGGACUGUUCUUUGAUUUCCCAAAGCAGCAGCUACACAUUAUGGAAGCCAUCACAGCCAAAUACAGCGUGGUGACAUUUCUACCUCGAUUCUUGUAUGAGCAGAUUAGAAAAGCUGCAAAUGCUUUCUUUCUCUUCAUUGCCUUACUGCAGCAAAUUCCAGAGGUCUCUCCAACUGGAAGAUAUACUACCUUGGUGCCAUUGCUAUUUAUUCUAACAGUUGCUGGCAUCAAAGAGAUUAUAGAAGAUUAUAAAAGACACAAGGCUGACAGCACAGUGAACAAAAAGAAAACAGUAGUUUUAAGAAAUGGGACAUGGGAGAAUAUUAUGUGGAAAGAG